UUACUGGGAGAAUCUAUCCAGAUCCUAGAAGCAGCCACUUGGACCCUCGAAUUGUUACUAGUAUGCAGCAGUUUUUAUCCUUAUAGUAAACCAAUUAGAUGUUUUCAGUCGAAGGUGAUGACCAAAAUGGCGUCCCACGAGAGCAGCGAAGGUUCGAGAAAAUCGCCCAUCGCAGACAAAGUAAACACGACAAUAGAGUUAACAACGAACGAGGUAAAAUCAACUGCUUCACCGCCAGUUGAUCGGCAUGAUGAGCUGAAUGAAACAGUUACUGAUAAAAAAGAAAAGAGUUUAACAUUAGAUACAACUGCUGAUUGUACAAGCGUGGAGAAAAAUGAUUCUGAUGAUAUAAAAAGUGAAACUACCAAGGAUUUAAAAUCAUUGGUAAUUGAUAAGCAGGAUGAUACUAAGACGGACAAGAAACAAGAGACACAAAAUAUAGACUCUCUUGUAGAAUCUCAAACUACAAAUAAAGAAAAGGAAGUUAAAAGCGUAGAUAGCAAAAAUUCUGUAAAAAAAGAAGAAACUUUAAAACGAAAACGAAGAACUUUAAACAAAUCGACGAUGGUGGAAUCUUCUAAUUCUUCGACAGAGGAAAGUGGCACGAGAGGUAAGAGAAAGAAAUUUAUGAAGACUGGCUACGAUCGAUUUUGUUGGCGAUGUCACAAGGAGAAUAUUGAUGCCUACUGUACCGCCUGUCCUCGUUCGUAUCAUCGUAAAUGUAUAGGAGGCAUGCCAUCAUCUUUGGAUAAGUGGAUAUGUGGGGAAUGUGCGACCAUUUUGAAAGCAGAAAACGCCGAGACGCGUUCCGUAGCCAUGGCGCAAUUAUCAGUCGAUCAAUUGUGCAUGUUGCUCAAGCAUGUGGUUGAAAAAUUACGCGACUAUCCCGGUUCUGAGCCAUUUUGCAAACCGGUGGAUCUCGUAGAAGUACCGAACUACCUAGAAUAUGUUAUCAAGCCUAUGGACUUGAGCCUUUUGGAAUCGAAUGUGCGGGCUAAACUUUAUGGCAGUACCGAUGCGUUUAUGGCCGAUGCAAAAUGGAUUCAACAUAACUGUAUUGUGUUCAAUACGUGCGGUGGAGUUUAUGCAGAUACGUCGAAACUGACAAACGCAGCGAAGCAAAUCAUCAAAGUAGCACGUCAAGAAAUCUCAGAAAUUGAUGCAUGUCCCGAUUGCUAUGCACAUAGUCGAAAUUUGCCAAGGCAUCAACCUUCGUGGUUUAUUGAGCCCUGCCGUCGACCUCAUCCACUUGUGUGGGCCAAAUUAAAGGGUUUUCCGUUUUGGCCGGCAAAAGCAAUGCCUCGCACGAAUUCUCAAGGAUACGUAGAUGUGCGUUUCUUCGGUGAACACGACCGCGCCUGGGUGUCUCCGAAGGACCUUUUCUUGUACUCUGAAGAGCCACCAUCGCCAUCUCCUCGUAAACGGAAAUCCGACAUGGAUGAGUGCGUAAAAGAAAUUACUCGACAUUGUAGAAAACUCGCGCUUAUGUUUGGCCAGUUCAAAUUUGCUCCAUCCAAAAUUCAGUACGAUCCGAACAAUCCAUUGCAGAUACGACUGAUGCUACCGAAUUAUAAUCCCCUCGAACCUAAGAACCAUCUUCCCAAUCCCAAAGUUCCCACAUCUCAAAAGAAAAAACCGCCACAAAAAAGACAAAGUUCUUUUAAAGGUAAAUCACAGAGUGAUGAAUUGACUAACAUUAGUGAAAUAGAUAUUGACCCAUCAAGUGAUGCUUGUGAAAAGGAGAACGAAGCAACAUCGCCAAAAGUACAAAAAUUAAAUACUGAUGUUAAGGAUACUUCAAGCUCGCAAACUGAUUUAAAUGAUAGUAAUAAAUUGAAUAAGAAAGCAGAUCAAAAAAAUGUAAAGUCAAACUCUCAAGAAGUUGCUCAAAACAAAACGGUAAAAAAUGGAAAAUCAAGUAAUGCGAAGACAUCAACUUCUCGAUUAAACAUUGUGCAUACAGAAACUGAUGCCGAAAAUAAUAGCAUAAAUCCUAAUGCUAGUAUUUCAAAUAAUAGCCUAAGUUCUAAUGCUAAUAUCUCAAACAAUAAUAUAAAUUUUAAUGUUAGUAUUUCAAAUAGUAGCACAAGUCCUAAUGUUAGUACCUUAAGUAAUAGCAUAAAUUCUAAUGCUAGUAUCUCAAAUGAGAAUAAUUCACAGAAAUCGAAAAAUGAAGUGAAAUCAUUUAUAAAAAUUUUGCCUAAGCCUGCAAUUUAUCCAGUUACUGAUACAGUAGUGCAGAAGAAAUCCCUUUUGAAAAAUAUUAUUAAUCCUAAAGUGACAUUCUCACAAAUAGACAACCCGAAGGUAAUAACAAAGUAUACAAGAAAUAACAAAGCGUUCAAGCUGAAAACAAGUAUUGUUGAUAAACUAAAUGCAGAGAAAGAAUUGAUGUCUCUAUCCGCGAGCAAAGAAGAUGAGAAAUUGUCGAAUUCAAACAAAGGCGUUCCUAGAAUAUCACUGUUGAAUGAUCCAUUGAGUGUAAAAAACAUGCCUGAAAUCGAUAUAACUUUAUCGUCUGCAUCGAAUGCAAGUGUUACUCAUACCAUUACAUCGACGAAUCCAGUUGUUCCUAUAACGGAUAAAUCUGUGUUGCUCCUCGUGGUUCCCAAUGGAAAACCUACUGAACCCGCGAAACAGGUCGCAUCAACGAUCGACCUUAAUCAAGGCAACAAUGAGGGACACCUUAAUUCUCAAAAAGCUAAGAAGAGUUUCCCUAAAUCUAAUUCCAAAAAUAUUCAACAUUCGUCGAAUGCAGAUGGAAUUAUGGAGAUUUCUCCGAUUGGCCAAGAAACACCAUCCACAUAUCAAGUGACACCUCCAGAGGCCGGACCAAUCAGCGCACGUUUGCAUCAUGAUGCACAUGAACUUGCGAGAAAAAUGGGCUAUUUAAUGGAAGAGGCGUACAAGGAGGCAGCCCAGAACAGUAUUAACGACGAAAACGGUACCACUGACAAUUAUCAGGCGACCAUACUUUUUCUACGAAAGCAGAUCGAGCAUAUGAAGUGGCAACAUCAACAACAGCUAACUGAAUUGAAACACAACGCCGAUCGUACUCAACGUGAGAUGCGCGCGAGUAUGGAAGCGGAGAAAUUGCGAUUGAUUGAGGAAGUUCGUAAAAAGAUCGAAGAUGAAAAGAAUCGAUGUAUCGAGGAGACUAAGAAGAAACAAUGGUGUGCCAAAUGUGGACAGGAAGCAAUGUUUUAUUGUUGCUGGAACACUGCUUACUGUAAUUAUCCGUGUCAAGAGUCACAUUGGCCCAUACACAUGCGGACAUGUUCUCAGCAAUCUGCAUAUGCUACUAUUGUCAGUUCAAAUGCAAAUUUGAGUUCACAACAGACUAGUUAUGUCAUUGCUGAGAAUUCCGCAGCCAAAACGUAUCUUCUAUCAUCCAACAUGAAAUUGAAUGCAAUUCCGUCUGCUUCGUCCGUUAAUAGAGAUAAAACCAGUCAAGAUACGCAGUAGGCAAAUAGCAAUUUAUUUGUAAUCGAGUAUCAAUGCGAGUAAGAUGAAAAGAGUUUCAGUAAUACUGCAGGUAAAUUCGCAUCUGCAAAUAAUCAACAAGUCUUGAUUUAAACUAUAAACUGCAAUGUUUAUUACUUACAAUCCGAAAUCGUAUAUUUAAUAUGUAACUAAUUUUC